AUGUUCAAAUUUCCUGGAGUUGCUUUCAUUACUGGCGCAGGAGGGACUGGCAUCGGUGCUGCAGUCGCAAAGGGGUUCGCGCGAUCAGGAUGUUCAAGAAUUGCCAUCACAGACCUUAAUCAAAAGUCACUCGCAGAUACGAGAGAUGCCAUUUUACAAAUCAAUCCAGAGGCACAGGUGUUUAGUCAAGAAGGCGACAUCUCGAACGAAGGUUUUGUCAAUUCAUUCGUUGGAGAUAUUGCCAAGAAGUUCUUACGCAUCGACUACUCAGUAAGCUGCGCCGGCAUCCUGGGCCAGUCACUGCGGUCACACGAAACGUCGACAGCCGAUUUCGAUCUCAUUACCAAUGUCAACUACAAGGGUAGUUGGUUGGCAUCUCGGGCGGUCUUGAGCCAAAUGCUCAGACAGCAACCCCAUGAAGAGCAUCCAGAACAACGCGGCGCCAUCGUCAAUAUUGCGAGUCAACUCGGCAUUGUGGCGCGACCGGCUGCAGCGCCGUACUGCGCGUCCAAAGCCGCCAUCAUCAAUAUGACGAGGUCAGAUGCCAUUGACUAUUCGCAAGACAAGAUCAGAGUCAACUGCGUCUGCCCGGGGGUCAUCGCCACGCCAAUGACAACAGCGUCAGAAGAGUUGGUACAACGACUGAGGCCCGCAAUCGACAUUGCGCCGAUGAAGCGCAUGGGUACACCGGAGGAGGUGGCUAACGCAGUAAUGUUCCUGUGCUCGAGCCAAGCCAGCUUCAUCCAAGGCCAUGCUCUGGUCGUCGACGGAGGCUACACCAUCAACUGA